AAGGUAUCUAGGGCUUGGCCUCCCAGCCUCCUGCCAGGCUCUUUCUCUUUGCGCAUGUGUGCGUUAAGCCUCCACAGUCUGUCCUGAGCCCAAGACUACACAGCUGCAGGACCCAAGGAGGUGAGAUCAGCCUCUUUGCUCUGUGCUGGGCUCAACAAAACCUCCAGGAGGCUUCCAUCCCAUCUCCCAUUAUUUUGAGUCUCGGGAGAGAGAAACAAGCCUUUUCCCCAAUGAAGAGAACUCUCCUGCUCCUGGUGGGGGUUUAUCUGCUGUACUUCAGCAGGGCAGAAGAGGGGCUGAACUUCCCCACGUACGAUGGGAAGGACCGAGUGGUCAGCCUUUCCGAGAAGAGCUUCAAGCAGAUGUUAAAGAAGUACGAGGUGCUGUGCCUCUAUUACCACGAGCCGGUGUCGUCAGACAAGGUGGCACAGAAGCAGUUCCAGCUGAAGGAGAUAGUCCUGGAGCUCGUGGCCCAGGUUCUGGAACAUAAAAACAUAGGCUUUGUGAUGGUGGAUGCCAAGAAAGAAGCCAAGCUUGCCAAGAGGCUGGCAUCAACCAGGGGCCCGAGUAAAGAGUUGUCCACACACAGACGCCCAGCUCUGUGUGAGAGGCUGGCCCACCCAGCUCUGUGCGAGAGGCUGCGCCCUGGAGAAAAGCACACCCCUAUUGGUAGAGACUGUCCUCCUAGACUCAUCGAAGACCCAGUGGAGAUCGUGAACAACAAGCUGGAAGUCCAGGCCUUCGAGCGCAUCGAGGACCAGAUCAAGCUCCUCGGCUUUUUCAAGAAUGAGGACUCCGAAUACUACAAAGCCUUCCAAGAGGCAGCCGAACACUUCCAGCCCUACAUCAAGUUCUUCGCCACCUUUGACAAGGGGGUGGCAAAGAAGUUGUCCUUGAAGAUGAAUGAAGUCGGCUUCUACGAGCCGUUCAUGGAUGAGCCCAUUGUCAUCCCUAACAAACCUUACACCGAAGAGGAGAUUGUGGAGUUUGUGACGGAGCAUCAAAGACCCACCCUGCGUCGCUUGCGCCCGGAGGACAUGUUUGAAACCUGGGAAGAUGACUUGAACGGGAUCCACAUUGUGGCCUUUGCAGAGAGGAGUGACCCAGAUGGCUAUGAGUUCCUGGAGAUCCUGAAACAGGUUGCCCGGGACAACACUGACAACCCUGACUUGAGUAUCUUGUGGAUUGACCCAGAUGACUUCCCACUGCUUGUAGCUUACUGGGAGAAGACUUUCAAAAUUGACUUGUUCAAGCCACAGAUCGGGGUGGUGAAUGUAACAGACGCUGACAGCGUCUGGAUGGAGAUCCCAGACGAUGAUGACCUGCCCACAGCCGAGGAGCUGGAAGACUGGAUCGAGGAUGUGCUUUCCGGAAAGAUCAACACUGAAGAUGAUGACAACGAAGAGGAAGAUGAUGACGGCAAUAACGACAAUGAUGAUGAUGACGACGAUGAUGAUGAUGAUUCUGAUGAUGAGGAUAACGAUGACAGCGAUGAUGACGACGACGAUGAUGAAUAACUCCAGACCUGGGUGCAUCUGAUGAGAACGACAUCACAACUACCCCCUACAGUACAGACAACCCAAGGGGUCAGCAAGCAGCGGUGCCCACACCCAGCCGGUUCUUUUCCUUUCUCCAGCAUCUUUUUCUAGUUGUUUCUUGGCAGAAGUGGUACAUUUCAGUGAACGCCUUCCCAAACCCAGCAGUCCCACUCAGCAGGGGAGGGGGGGGGGGGAUUCCCAUGCUGACUUCUUUUAAGCAUUGGGGAGCAAACAGCUCUUGUUCUUUGCUAGAGCAUGGGGGGGGUCAUGGAAUUCUGGGAGUCUGGGGAUCAUAUCUCCUGACACCUCUACUCAAGUUUACUUACUGUCUUUGAUUCUGGCAGUGACAGAACGGACAGCUUGCUAUUAGUUCACAAGCAGAGAGAGGAAUUCUAACCAGAGCCUGGGAAAGACACGUGAUUAUUCAAAUCAGUCCCCAAACCCAGAAUCUCUCGGGGAAUCCAAGCCUUUAGAUGGCAAUUAGAAUCCUUGAAAUGUGUGGACAUCACCAUUAUUUCUAGAAUAUUAGGAUGCUGUGUGGGGGUCAGUUAGUUCUCUGAGCGUCCCAACAGUUGGGCAAGCCUCUUAUAUCACCAGCAGGGAGCGUAGGGAGAGGCUGAAGGUUGAAGGUUUUUCAUUUUUCUGAGGGAGACAGUUUGGGUCUCUGAAAGAGUUUGCUGGCUGCCUCCUGUGAUCUGGGAACUGAAUGCCCCUUCUCUGUCGCUGCUAGUGAGCUGUCCCAUUCUGAGUUAGAAUUGCUUUAUCCAAUGGUCAAUUAACUCUCCAUUCAUCAGCCCUCCGCAGCUGACCAGGGCAGCGAUAAUUAGAGUUCACGAUGCCCUGAGGCCAAGAGGGAAAAAAAAUCCCCAAGUGCCUUUUGAAUUGUCUGAAAGUAACAUUGUGCUUGGUAGUUUUCGUUGCUAAGUAAGUGUUCUAAUUUAUUUUCAAACUCUGUUAACGUGGAGAACACUCUGUGUGGCUUUGUUUCUGAAACUGGGGCAGUCCUUUUAUGGAAUAGUAAUAAACCAACAGACAUUAAACUUGUGUUUUGAAAAGAUC